AUGGGCAGGGCUCCUUGCUGCGACAAAGCAAACGUGAAGAAAGGUCCAUGGUCACCAGAAGAAGAUGCUAAGCUCAAAUCCUACAUAGAAAAACAUGGCACUGGUGGUAACUGGAUCGCUUUGCCUCAAAAAAUAGGUCUUAAGCGAUGUGGCAAGAGUUGUCGCCUUAGGUGGCUAAACUAUCUUCGCCCUAAUCUCAGGCACGGUGGCUUCUCCGAAGAAGAAGACAACAUUAUUUGCAACCUUUACAUCAGUAUAGGAAGCAGGUGGUCGGUGAUUGCAGCACAAUUGCCAGGAAGAACUGAUAAUGACAUAAAGAACUACUGGAACACGAGGCUGAAAAAGAAGCUUUUGGGGAAGCAUCGAAGAGAGCCACGUAAUAGAGGAAAUUACAACAGUGUUAAGCAAGGAAUUAGUGAUGCUAAUAGAAGGAGUAGUAAUGGUGAUUCUUCUUCCUUAUCCUUGGUUCAGGAAAAUAGUAGCAACAGCCAACAACAACAACCAUCACCAUGUUGGCCGCAGAACAUUAACAUGCCUGUGCUGCCACUACCAAUAGUACCCUUGCCAUACACAAACCAAGGUCCAUGUUUCAACGACCAAGAUUCUAUCAAGAAACUCCUCAUCAAACUUGGAGGAAGAUUUUCAGGUGAUUAUUACCAGCCUACGCUUGAUGGGUUGAAUCUUCAAUUCUCAUCAGAAGGGCAACAAGUUUACCAAGAACAAGUCCAUGUUGGUUCUUCCUCUUCUUCGGCCUGCAUUGCCAACAACGAAGUACAAUUUUCACAAACUUGUCAAUACUCUGGAGUCGAUGACUUGGUGCAAGGACAAGGUGGUAAUUUCACCCCAUUAUUUGAGGAAAUGGUGUCUUCUUCUAAUUAUUCAGAUGGGUUGGAGUUCUUGUACAAUGAUGGCAUGAUCGACCAUAAGAUAAUAGACUCUACUAUUACUACUACUUGUGCCCAAAGCACUGCUACUAUUACCACAAACUGGAGUGAAACUACCACUUCCAUUUACAACCAUCAUUCACUUGCUUCCAAUUUUCAAGGUCAAGGUCUGACACAAGAAUGUGCUUUGCAAGAGUUUAGCUACCCCAGGACACAAUAA